AUCCACAGAAUGCUAUCCUAUCAACAUUCUCAUUGCAGUAAAAUCAUCCCUUGUGUUUUCAACAGCGAGAAUUUUAUUUUGACGCUCCGCACAAAGUUUACGCGGCUUUUCUCAGGGCCAGCCACAUUUGUAUUGGGCACGGUAUGCUGAAAUGGUUUUCUUCAGUUGGCCUCCUUAUUAUACACCACCCGCUUUUCCCGUACUACGGAUUCACCACUCCCCCCCUACCUACCUGUAUCCCAUACAUUGGCACACCUCGAUCUAGGGGAUCAUUUAGCUCUUUUCGAUGUCUGAGCAACGAUUGGAUACAUAAACCAGCGGUGUUACCCUGUCUGUACGCUCCUUUGGAACCGCAUUCUCUUCCACAGCCCGGAUGGACAGGUUUUCUACCCCUGAACGUCUCCAAGUGGCUGGUGACGGGCGUCCGGAUCAAAACGAUGUGGUGUCACAGAUUCCAGCUCGAAAACCCAUCUCCUUCCGCGCAGCGUAGAUAUCAACAUCCGUCGGGUUCGCCUACUGUAUACCUUACCCACCGAGAUUAUUUACCCUUCGACCUUGUCAGUAAUCAAGCUCAACCCAUGGUAUCAUGGAUGAUGAAUUUGGAUCUUUGGGAUCUCAAGAAAGCUACCCGAUGCCUCUGCGGGACGGCCAUGCUUGCUGCAUUUUCUGCAUCCAAGACAGUCAACAGCGGCCAACCUUCCGGAUCCGACUCACCGGACUACAAUAAGCCACUGCAGUAAACAUUGAAGCCGAGCCUACCUGGAUCGAUCGAGUCCAUCGCUGCAAGAUGAAUGAUUGUCUGAGCCUGUGAAUCACAAAGAAAGCCACACCCGAGAAGCAUCAGCGGUCCCGGGGCCACAACGGGAUAACGGCUGGCGUCGCCAAUCAGGCCCCAAGUUCUUCCGCAUUGCCUGGAUAGAACCAAGCCUGACUACUCCACUAUUACGAAAACACAACUUUCUUUGCGCUACAAAUGUGGAAUAGUCGUUCCCAAGCGGCUCUGAAGUGGCUAUCGCCGAUGCACGUUGCCGUUCUGGUGGCGUUGGGAUGAUGUUCAUGCACGAUUUCGCAUUCAGGGGUCGUCGACAACCGACGACAUGGCUCCAUGACGCGAGGCAGGCCUGAUCAAAGUCAAACGACCGCCUCGAAUCCUAGCCAGCGUUACAAAAAGGCCGUACUCCUGCGCGACCCGAACCAUACGGAAGAAAGUAUACCAGAACACCAAGACCCUUGUUACCUGGGGACCAUACCGUAACACCAAGUAAGGCAUAACUGCGGAAGCCAAAGUAAACGAAUGGAAAACCGACCGCCAACUCGGGAACUCCUCGCACACUGACAUAACCAAGACGAUCUGUUAUGAUGACUCAGAACACUCAACAUGGCUAAGAGCUACUGCUGAGUGGUAGUAUAUGCUGGCUGAGCCGAACGCCUCGUCGCGUUGGACUGGUGGUAAUGAGGGCAUGGUUCCCAUUCGAGUCCCGUGUUCUUGCAAGAUCCACAACCCCUGUACUGAAUUAGCCUGUGUACAGAACGGACAUGGAGCCCAAAAUUUUCUCUUACCAUCGAAGAUUGCCUCCGCAAACGUGGCAAGUUGCCGGUUGGUACAGACGACCAUCAGACCAAACGCAGCAUCCGCAGGACUCGGGAUUGUUGUAUGAGUUCAUGGUGUUAUUUAAUUGACUUGUUAUGAAGGUGUUGUUGGGUUCUUGUGGUGUCUUUGUGGGGGUUUGGGGAUAGCAGCUUGAAGGAUAAGACUCUGGAUAUCUCAGGAAACAACAAAGCAUACAGAACACGGGGAUUUUUGCGGCUUUUAUGCUAACGACGACCCGCCACUUUGGUUCACCCGAGGUGAUGAUGUUGCUUGGAGGACACAUCUCACCGCUAGGAAUGCUUCGGAUGCCAUCAACAUCGCAUCAUCAUGUUGCAACAGACCAAUGGCAAGCUGAACUCCGGAUGACCUUCUCAAGAUGGUCUGCUGAUCACAAAGCUCGGCCGAGAAUAGCGCUGAGCUCGAGUGACAAUGCGGAAAUAGCACCAUGUUUACACAUCAUAGGGUCGGCGGCUUUCGCGGGGACAAGCAAGUGAGACAUGUUACUGGCCUCGCCGACGUGGGUAGUCAAUGGGUAUCCAAGGAUCAACCAUGUCGACGAGAACUACCUUUUGAAAUUCCGUAAAAACAUCUCCCGGAGCCUGGAGUUGCCUUGUAUUGGGCUGGUCGUGGUAGACAAGGCAUCAAGAUAACGGGCACUUCACCGAGAGUCGAGAUCAUGCAAAGAAACUCCUGCCAGUACCCGCGACCCCAGGCCCAUGAUUCGUCGUUUCUUCUUCGGAGUCAAGUUCUCUACACCCUUCGAUGGGCCGGUAGACACCCCUUUGUGCGGCUAUCUGCAUACGGUGCUGCACUACAAAGCUAAAAGGACCUACAAAGUGACUUCUCGACUAGUGGCACCGCGCUUCAUUGAUACUCGAGUGUGAGCAAUUGUCGUCACACAACAGAGACAUAAUUCCUGCAGUGACGAACUCCGAGCGAAUGAGACCUGUCGUUGAGGCGGGGUUCUGUUCAGGUACCCUUUUUUUCUUCUGCCUGUCCCAGAUUCCUCCAGCUCAUUUCUACGAAGAGUACCGGAGCUGGUGGUACCAAAGAAGCGGCUUAAAAGUUCCGAUAUGGCCAGUCAGUGACUCGGGCUCAUUGUUGCGUCCGAGAUCACUUCCGUUCCGCCUUGGCCUCCCAGGGCAGCUUCCGGGGUGGGGGAGCCUCUAUUUCCAUGUUGUGCAUUGGAAAUCUUCGUCGACGCCCUAUCCGCAGACAUCCUUGACGACCUACCUAGCUCUGCACAUGGUGACAUGCUGCUUGGGGCAGUUGUGUAACAGAGCUAGGGCUUCAAACCGACCUUGCUGACUGUUUAGCUAUCCUCAGACAUUUUACGGAACGGAGGACCCGAUCAUAUAUCCAGUUCGAGCCUGGGUGCUUAACAUUAGAAUGGUGUCAUGUGGGCCAUGUGCGGAUUUGGGCCACCGGGUUCCCUUUGAAUGGCUGUGUUGUAGUCGAAUCGAUGAAACUACUGCCCCUGGAGGGAACAAUUGAUGCGCACCGUGGCGUUUCAUGUGAAGCGAAGAGGCUGCUCCGGAUCUUCACAGGGACUUACGUUUCCAUUGCUUUUCGGCAUUGCGUCUAUGAUGCGGUCAUGAUACACCUUCUCGGUAUUGCUCGGUCAAUUCAUCCCUCAUCUGCAACGGUAUUGGACAGAGUGACGGAUGUCGACAAUUCAAAUUCCUUGACCGUUAUCUCCAGCAGCAUGAUAAAUCGAGGAUACCUGUUGAUCUACCGAGCAACGAAACAGAACAAGAGACUCGUCGGCUGCCUACCUGAGAUUAUUGCCCACCGGUCAGAUUGAGGGGCCUCGAUGAGAGAGGCAGGAGGGCGGGAACGUACGGGGACUGGAUGGCAAGCGAAUGUGGCUUGCUCCUCCCACACCAAAAAGCAACAACGAGCGACUCAGAAAUCGGCGACUGAAUCUCGGUCGCAGACAAAGAAUGACCCCAGAUCUCGACAACAAUCACCGAUUCGCAGUCUUGACCCUAGGGUAGGGGAAGGGGUCGGAAGCCGGCAGCAAAGGUGUCCGCAGCGAGAUCGUCCCAUUUCUGGAAAGCCACUAUCAUGGGGAUGGACAAGAGAAGGAUCCCCAGAACUCAGAACGGCAUGCCGGGAGCAGUAAACCCCGCUCUUCACCAUGACGCUGGGUUCAAAACUAGCAUCAUGACCUACUUUCACAGCGAGGCACACGCAUGCUUACCUCUCUACCAGUGUGCUCAGAGGUGCAGGUUUCAGUGCGUGGCCAACAAGUCUAGAACCGCAAUCAACAUUCUGACCAGUCAAGAAUUGGGGACACAGCCUGCAUGUCUCGGUGCGGGGGAAUACUUGGUCUGGUAG